AUGGCUUCACAAAACGUCGAGGUCCCUCAUCUCCGCUCCAUCGAAGGUGGAAAGCAGCUGAUCGUUAACGGUCGCCCAUUUCUGAUAUUGGGUGCGGAGCUGCAGAACUCGUCGCUCACCUCGGCCGAGCAUAUGGAUACAGUCUGGCCGAAUCUGGUAGAGUCUCAUGUCAACACUCUGCUAGGAUGCGUCACUUGGGAAAUGAUUGAGCCCGUAGAAGGCCAAUUCGACUUCAAAGAACUGGACAAGAUCAUACUGGGAGCACGCAAGCACGGAAUUCAUCUUGUAUUACUGUGGUUCGGUUCCUACAAAAAUGGAAUCUCAACGUACGCUCCCGCGUGGGUCAAGACGAACCCCAAACGCUUCCCCCGGAUGAAGUUGCGAAAGGCAGGAGGUGUCCUACAGACUACCGAGAUCCUGUCAGUAUUUCACGAGGAAGCUCAGAAGUGCGACGCCAGGGCCUUUAAGCAGUUGAUGCACCACCUGAAGGAAUUUGACCGAGAUCACUCAACCGUCAUCAUGGUCCAGGUCGAGAACGAAACUGGCUUACUGGGUGACUCUCGCGAUGGCUCUGCCGCAGCAGAAGAGCGAUUCUCCAAACCAGUUCCCGAUGAUCUCGUCAACUUCCUCUCCAACGAGUGGGACUCUCUUCAUCGGGACCUCAAACGCAACUUGGUUCGCUUUAAAGCCCAGACCAACCGUCAAGGGUCGUGGGCGGAAGUGUUUGGCAAAGGGCCACACACCGACGAGCUCUUCAUGGCCUACCACUACGCCUUAUAUGUCAACCAGGUCGCCGCAGCAGGCCGAGAAGAGUAUCAGCUCCCGCUGUACGCAAACGCGUGGCAAAACUAUGCCGGAGAAGACAGCGAUAAUAACUUCCCGGUUAUCGUUGGUGGCGGCGGCAUGCCGGGUGAUUAUCCCUCUGGGGGCUGCAUACCAAGCGUCCUGGACAUCUGGCAGCGUUUUGCGCCAUCUGUGGAUUUUUUCACCCCAGAUAUCUAUCUCAAUGACUAUGAAAGAUGCUGCUCCAAGUACUGCCAUCGCGGCCAGCCCUUGUUCAUUCCCGAACAACGCCGAGACGAGUAUGGGGCACGCCGCAGCUGGGCCGCAAUUGGCUCUUACCAGGCCCUCGGUGUCUCUCCGUUUGCUCUCGAUACCUUGGAGCCAGAAGCAAAUCCAUACAUCAAGCAUUAUGCCUUACUGGAAUCCGUCUCUCAGAUAGUGCUGGAGGCACAGCAACGCCCUGGAUCAUCGGUGGGAUUCUUUUUCGACGAGCUGGCGGCCGACGGCUCCGAUCACUCCAAACCGGUCACACGGCAAUACGGAGGUUAUGAGAUUACCAUCGAGCGCGCUUUCGUCCUGGGCAAGCCAGGUCCAGGCUGUGGCAUGGUUAUCCAUCGUGGAGAAGGCAAAUUCCUCUUGAUUGGAUGGGGAUUCCAGGUCCGCGCAACCUCCUUGUCUCCGACCGCUGCAUUUACAGGGAUCCUCCGAUUUGAAGAGAAGGUCGUGGUGAACAAGGAGGCCGGGGAGCUGAGAACUCGGCGCGUGCUCAAUGGAGACGAAACCCGCAGCGGCCAGUUUGCCAUCAUGCCCAACGAAGACCCGGACUACGGUGGAUUCCCUAUCGCUAUCACCAUUCCUGCGAAGACUAUGAUUGCGGAACUGGAGUUUUACGUGUUGGAUGAAAGCGAAGUUUGA